AUGAAUGAAACUACAGACAAACUUAACUCUUCUCUCAUUCUUCCUUUCAGUAAGGACUAUGAGUUCUGUUCAAAUGGUGUUUAUUUCUAUUGUGGAAAGAUGGGUUCAGGUAAGACAUUUAACCUCAUUCGUCAUAUACUCAUAACAGAACGUUUAGGAAAUGACUCAUAUUAUGACCAAAUCAUUAUAUCAGCAACUUCAGACUCUAUGGACUCAACAGCGAAAACAUUUAUGUCAAAAGUUCAAGCCUCUGUCGUUAAAGUUCCAGACAGUGAACUCAUUGAAUUUCUUCAACGUUACAUUCGACGUAAGAGGAAAUAUUAUGCCAUCGUUGAAUUUAUACAGUCAGGAAUGCAAAAGACUUCAGAAGAGAUGGAAAGAAUUAUUGACAAACACCACUUACGUCAGUACUCAGGAGUUUACGAUAUGA